UGUAAAAGGAAAAAAAAGUUAUCCUGCCCUUUUGCAAGAAUUCACGGUUCCUACCUCUAUAUUUACCUCGUUAGCACGGAAGGGUUUAACUUAACAGAUGGCCAGGUAUUUUAAGUGUUUAAGACUUGUCUAAAAAUGUAUACUUCAGGCAGAGAGACAAAAGCUUUCAAAAAUAGAAACACACCAAAAAGACGUAUGUAUUUACUGUUUUUGCUCAUUCAAAACUGGGACUGCUGGCCUAAGGGCGUGCCAUGACCUAGUUAAGACACGAGACCAAGAUGGGCUCCGAGUCAAAGGGAAAAAUCCAGCUCUUUUUAUAACGUCUUCCUUCUUCCUGUGAGUCCUCUAACGGUGGUCAGACAUUGACACACCCGGGGAGCAGUCCUGCCCGGGCCGGCGAGGAUUCCUGCGAACAAAGGAACACCCAGCUGGCCAUUUAAUUCCAUUGCAGAAAAAUGGCCGCCCGCUCUGGCCGGCCUCUCCUUGGCUGUCUGCUGAAGGAUGCCUUUCGAGCCGCGUCUAAUAACUCAAGCCCGAUGCAAGCGGCGCCCUGAUUGGCUGCGCCCGCCUGGUGCCUCCAACCAGCCAAUUACCUCACCACGGCCCAAUUACCAACCCCAAGCACAAGACGAGGUUGGAUCAACGGAAUGGAGAGCGGCGCCCAAGCUGGUCCCUCGGCCGAGAAAAAAAACCACCAUUGGAAAAGUUACAAGUUGAUUAUUGACCCAGCUCUGAAGAAAGGACAGCACAAACUCUAUCGCUACGAUGGGCAGCAUUUCAGCAUUCCUAAUCCAAGUCUUGCCCCCGUGGAGUGUGUGGAGGAUCCCAGGAUAGGACGAAUAUGGACCAAAACGAAAGAACUGGAGCUCUCCGUCCCUAAAUUUAAGAUUGACGAGUUUUAUGUGGGACCGGUGCCUCCCAAGCAAGUCACCUUCGCCAAGUUGAACGACAACAUCCGUGAAAAUUUCCUGACCGACAUGUGUAAAAAAUACGGCGAAGUGGAAGAAGUGGAGAUUUUGUACAACCCAAAGAACAGGAAGCACCUGGGAAUUGCCAAAGUCGUCUUUGCCACUGUGAAGGGAGCCCGGGAAGCUGUUCAGCACCUGCACAACACAUCUGUCAUGGGCAACGUCAUUCACGUGGAGCUGGAUACUAAAGGUGAAAAGCGUAUGCAUUUUUAUGAGCUCCUUGUGAACGGGCUCUACACUCCGCAGACCUUGCCAGUGGAGAAUGAACAAGAUGCAUCACCCACCGUCAAUGAAACUCUGCAGUUGGCCGAUACUCUGAAACGCCUAAAGGACAGUAGUCUUUCUUCUGUAGGAUCGUCCACUACCCCAAACAGCAGCACCCCAUUUUCCCAUGAUACAGCCUUUUCCAGUUGUCGACAAGAUACCCCAAACUCCUACAGCCAGUUUACCCCUCAGUCCCAAGGAACGCCUCUUACCCCCCGUCUAGGGACGCCAUUUUCCCAAGAUUCUGCAUACUCUAGUCGACAGACAACGCCAGCGUACCAUUUUGGACAAGACUCUGGGUAUAAACCCAGGAGGCAUGAAACAAAAUUUACAGAUGCGUAUAAUCGGCGUUUGGGUCAUCACUAUGUACAUAACUCAGCAGGUACUUUUCGAGGCUCAGAGCAUCAAUUUGGUGCGUUCAAGUCCCAUCAGCAAGAAACUGUGCAAUAUUCACACACUUCUCCUGUAAGUCACUCAGGUGCUUCAACGUACAAAUCCGCCUUCUCCCCCUACCAAGCCCCCACAACAUAUCCCCAGCCUGAAGAACCCCAGUUUUCUCAGACUUCCAGGGAAGUUGAAUACCGGCGACCACCCCCACCGCCUCCCACAGAGGUGGCAGUUGAAAGUAGCACAGCUCCUCCUGUUGAAUUUGUUCCUGUCAAGGAAAAAUCUGAGGAACCCCCUCCUCUUCCAGAGCCCAACAGUCUUAACGAGCCAACGGUGACAUCCUUUACCCAGACUCCAGAACGGAGUGAGACCCCUGGCACCCCAACUGUAGAAUCUGAAAUCCAGCAUAACAGCUUGGACUCACGGAUUGAAAUGCUCUUAAAAGAGCAGAGAACAAAGCUGUAUUUUCUCAAUGAGCAUGACUCGGACAAUGAGAUUCGAAUGGAAGGUAGUCCUAUUUCAUCGUCCUCUUCCCAACUUUCUCCGAUCCCAAACUCUCAGCCCAGCUAUAGAGCACAAACCCCUUCCUCGCGCCCUUCCAGCACAGGCUUGGAAGAUAUCAGUCCAACCCCGUUGCCUGAUUCUGACGAUGACGAACCCAUCAUGGCUUCUGCCUGCCAGAACUCAAGAGGAGCAGCAGACGCUAGUGUCACUCCUGCUGACCACCUGAAUAGGACAUCCAAAUCUGAGCCCUCUGAGGCUAAAGAAAUGCAGCCUGCUAACAGCAGCCCUGUUCCAGAAAAAAUGGAAGAGUGUCAUCAGUCUUCAGGGGAAGACAUGGAGAUUUCUGAUGACGAAAUGAACGAAUCUCCAAGCGCAGAAUGUGCCAAAAACAUUGUGGUGAAUACCUCCAUUAGCAACUCCGCUGUGAUGGCUUCCUCGAUUCCCAUGCCUCCGCCUGGUUUUCCUCCUCUGCCUCCACCACCGCCUCCCCAGCCAGUCUUCCCAAUGCCUCCCCCCCUCCCACCUCCGCCUCCACCAACUCACCCGGCAGUCACUGUCCCCCCUCCGCCUCUCCCCACCCCUCCUGGGGUCCCUCCUCCUCACAUCUUGCCACCCCUCCCUCCGUUCCACCCUGGGAUGUUUCCUCUUAUGCAAGUAGAUAUGAUCAGCGUCCUGGGCAACCAGUGGGGUGGCAUGUCGAUGUCUUUUCAAAUGCAAACCCAGAUGUUGAGCCGUCUGAUGCAAGGGCAGAACACGUACCAAUACCCCCCUUUCAUGGGGAACCGGAUGCAGUUUGUGAACCUCCCUCCCUACCGGCAUUUCUCCAUGGGAGCAGCUAUGAACCGUGGGCAACAGUGGCCACCCUUGCCGAGAUUUGAUCCCUCAGUUCCCCCUCCAGGUUAUGAGCCCAAGAAGGAGGAUCCACACAAGGCCACAGUGGAUGGCGUCCUGUUGGUGAUUGUGAAGGAACUCAAAGCAAUAAUGAAAAGAGAUUUGAACAAGAAGAUGGUGGAGGUGGUGGCGUUCCGAGCCUUCGAUGAUUGGUGGGACAAGAAAGAACGUCUAGCCAAGGCAUCGCUUACACCAGUAAAAUCUGGGGAAAAUAAAGAUGAGGAGAAGCCAAAACCAAAGGACCGCAUCACAUCGUGUCUUCUGGAGAACUGGAAUAAAGGAGAAGGGUUGGGUUAUGAUGGGAUCGGCUUGGGUAUUGGGCUACGAGGAGCCAUCCGGUUGCCAUCUUUUAAGGUGAAGAGAAAGGAACCACCUGAAGCUGCCUCAGCUGGAGACCAGAAGAGAAUCCGGCCAUCUACUUCUGUAGAUGAUGAAGAUGAAGAAUCUGAACGAGAUCGAGACCUGCCUGAUGCAACUUUGGAGCUCUCCAGGAAAGAUCCCGAAGCUGUAAGCCCUAGAAGAAGGUCUGCGAGACCACUGGAGUUGGACAGUGAAGGAGAGGAGGAAGAUUCGGGCAAAGAAGAAGAGGAAGAGGAGGAGGAGGGAUCCUCUUCAGAGAAAGAGGCAGAGCCGGAGGAAGAGGAAGGGCUGAUGAAAUCAGUGUCCGACAAGGAAGAGGAAGAUGUCAACGAAGAGGAGGAAGAAGAAGAGGAGGAGGAGGAGGAGGAGGAGGAAGACGAGACAGAAGCACAAAUCAGUGAAAAGGAGGAGGAACAAGAUUCUGAAGAAGCAGAAGAUAUAGGAAGUCCUGCCUCUUCCAGAGCAGAACUUGAGUCAUCUGAUGAAAGUGAGGAAUCCUCAGAAUUUGGGACAAGUUCUGAUUCUGAUGAUGAAGAAGAAGAAGAAGAGGAGGAGGAGGAAGAGGAGGAGGAGGAGGAGGAAGAAGAAGAAGAAGAACAGGAGGAGGGUGAAAAUUAUGAGGAACAGAUGGAGGAUGAAGAAGGGGUCUCUUUAUCACCAGAAAGGGAAACGUUGCCGGCUGAACUGGCUCUUGAGUCACUUGCUCAAGGACCUGAAAAUGAGGAUGAAAAAGAGACCAUCCUGGAACUGUUUCCAGUGGAGGACUACAUGCCAUUAGCCCUGGCAGAACCUUUGGCCCCAGAAGGAGAGGAGCUGAAAGAAGGUAUCAAGCCAGCAGAAGAGCAGAAUCAGGAAAUUCCUGAGGAAUCCUUGGCUGCCGAAGUGCUGGUAGUGAUUGAGAGAGCUCAGGAAGAGAAGCUCCAACUAUCUCCAGUGUGUAGGACAGUGGAGGAGUCUGAACCGGACAUCGAACUGGAGCCUGAGAUGCUGGAUGGUCCAAAGCCAGACGCCCAGGAUGGUGAAGGCCUCUGUCCUCCAACACCGGUGGAACUUUUUGGAGAAGUCUUGUCCAACAAGGCCUCCUUUUUUACUAAGCCUAAUGACAGCACUUUAGAAAUCCAAGCAAAAGGCAAAUCGCCCUGCGUAGCUGAGGAAGAGGACCAGCUUCCUCGGACUCCUGGGAGGGAGGUUCUGACUCACGCAGAGUCCCCUGGACUUCCUUUCAGCGCCAUGCCGCCCUGUUCGCUUCCCCUACCCUCAAUGGUGCCCCAUAAAGAGGAAUUGCUACUCCUCCCGGACAAGUUCCCCGAUCACUUAGCCCCAAGCAAACCAGCACUAGAGGAAGAGCUCCCCCGGACCCCGGGGCGGGACAUUUUAGCCAAGUGUUCCCAUAGUCUCUCCAAGUCCCAGAGCACAGACACGGUCCCAGCCACGCCCGGGAGCGAUGCUCCUCUCACCGGAAGCAGCAUGACUCUGAGUUCUCCUCCGGUGCCAGGCAGCCCUUUUUCAUACCCGUCCCAGUCCCCUGGGAUCAACAGCGGUGGCAUUCCCCGGACUCCUGGGCGGGAUUUCACUUUCACGCCAACGUUCCCCGAGCCUGGUGCUACUUCCCUUCCUUGCCUUUUGUCUAGCAAGAAGCCGUCUGAGGAUGACCCUGACGAGAAAGUCUUUAAAGAACCUCUCGGUGCUUCCUUGUUGGCUGGCGUGAACAGUGUGCCCUCCCCGAUUCCCUUUGCCAGCCCCCCUGUCCCAGCUUUUCACACACACAUUGACUUGCCCCCCGGCCAGCCUCUCACGGUGCGGCCUUGCUUGUUCAUGGACUCAAAGAUGUCUCUAGAGGAGUGUGACACGGACACGAGGUCCGUCUUGCCCUUCCCGGACAUACCGAUGGCUUCGCCCCCUCUCCCUCCUCCCACUCCCUCCUCCCUCCUCCCCAUCAAAAGGAAACCGGGUCGGCCGAAGCGAACUUCUCCUUUGGGACCCGUGUUGGAGGCUUAUUCAGGCAAACCUGUGGAGCCGCCUCUUCUUCCGAUCCCAGUUGCCUUGGCGGAAAGUCCUGUGAACAAAGAGUUAUUCAGUAGCCAUCCAGAGGGUUUCUACGCUCUGAAAGAUCCGGAAGCGGUCACCUUGGACUUCCGGAACGACAGUUUCCACGAGAAAGUCCCCCCCGACGUCUUGGUUGAGAAGCUACCCUUUAAGGAGUUGGAGAACCAGUGGAACGACGACUUCAAAGAAGAAGAGGGUUACCUGAAAGCGAAAAGGCAGUGGAGGCGCCAGAAGAAGAGGCCAGAUGACCUCCCGCCAAUUCCUUCCCCCGAGUAUUCUCCCCCUCGCUUCCAGUUUAGGCCCCGCUCCGAGUUUGAGGAGAUGACCAUUUUGUAUGACAUCUGGAACGGGGGGAUAGAUGAAGAGGAUAUCCAUUUCCUCUGCGUUACGUACGAUCAUUUAUUGCAGCAAGACAACGGCAUGGACUGGCUCAACGAUACUCUGUGGGUGUACCAUCCUCCAACCAGCUUUUCCACCUCAAAGAAGAAGAAACGGGACGAUGGGAUGCGGGAACACGUCACUGGCUGUGCCCGAAGUGAAGGCUAUUACAAAAUCGACAAGAAGGACAAGCUGAAAUACCUCAAUAACAGUCGAGCGUUUGCAGAGGAUCCUCCAACUGAUACGCAGGGAAUGAGCAUCCCUGCUCAGCUCCACGUUUCCACCCGGGCCGGCUCCGAGAGGAGGUCAGAACAGCGCAGGCUUCUGUCAUCCUUUACUGGCAGUUGCGACAGUGACCUGCUCAAGUUCAACCAGCUCAAGUUCCGGAAGAAAAAGCUAAAAUUCUGCAAGAGUCACAUUCACGACUGGGGGCUCUUUGCAAUGGAACCCAUUGCUGCCGACGAGAUGGUGAUUGAGUACGUGGGCCAGAACAUCCGACAGGUAAUUGCUGACAUGCGAGAGAAGCGGUAUGAAGACGAAGGCAUUGGGAGCAGUUACAUGUUCAGAGUGGACCACGACACAAUUAUAGAUGCAACCAAGUGCGGAAACUUUGCUAGGUUUAUCAAUCACAGUUGCAACCCAAAUUGUUACGCUAAAGUCAUCACCGUGGAGUCGCAGAAGAAGAUUGUCAUCUACUCCAAGCAGCACAUCAGCGUGAAUGAGGAAAUUACUUACGACUACAAGUUCCCGAUUGAGGAUGUCAAGAUCCCCUGUUUGUGCGGCUCCGAGAACUGUCGAGGGACCCUGAAUUAAAAACCCCUGGUUGUUGGCCACGCAUUGGCUGCGUCCAGACUGUGGAAACCGAGGGCGUUUGGUUGCACUUUUGCCAAAAAGGAGGAGGAAAAAGAAACGAGGUGGAGAAAGAGAAGAAAAGUGGGAGAGUGAAAACAAAUCCUUCCCCAAGGAGGCGUGCAAGUUGCAGACACACACACUAGGACGUUUCAUGCUGCAGGUGCUUUUCAUCAAAUUCCUCGUCUUCUAGUGAGUUGUCCCCAUUGCUCCAUGGCACCCGACAUCAAAACACUAUCUCUUUUCUCCCUGCCCGCGGGCUCCGUAAUGGCAUAGCUCCUGUGGGAACAGCAAGGUAUCUUUCUAUUAGUUGAAACAGGUUACUUCCUUCGUAAGAUGCUGCUACCUUUUCCUCACUCAUUUACAGGUCUGGGGGUGGAGGAGGACUCUGAGGGGUGGCCGGACAAAGAUCGUCAAUGGUUGAAAUGUGUGAAGCGGAGAUGGGGGCAAGGGGGGAGGUUCAUAAGUUGAGUAAAUACAUGUAGCCAAAGCUCUUAAGGGAAUGUCCAGGUUAAAGGUUGCUGUGUGUGUUCCAUCCAGCCUAAACUUGCCUUCGAUUUCUGGAUGAAAAAGAAAAAGAAAAGUUCUGAAUUCUUUGCUCUGUCUUGAAACGUUCCCGUUCCAGAAAUAGACUGAAGAGCAUCCCGGCCUUUGUUGGGAAAACCUAAGAGUUUGUCUCUCCCUUCCUCCCUCAGCAGCGCAGCAUUGCAUGAUGGUUUUGAAACCAGAGGAGGCCCCUCGCACUCUGGGCAGCCUCCAUCAGGCACUGCUGCCUGCCGGACACCCCUCGUUCCUUUCUGUGGGCCUCAUUCACAGAAGAAGGAUCGCCGCUUCCCCAGUGCAUAGAGGACCACAGCAGGCGGUGAGCUAUGGUGGACUCGACUCCCUCAAGGGCCCCAAACCCAAAGCAAAGGCUACCAUGUCCUCUCUCGCAAUGACUCUGCGUUCCUCUCAACGUCCUGUCAGUUCAAACAGGUUCAUCUUUGUAGCUCAGGAGGACAAGGUCUCGCUUGGUGGCUAAGCUGAGUUGACGGCUGUGUGGUGGUCCACUGGCUGCGUCCUCGUUGUGCCACCAGCUGCCGCUGCUAUACGGCCUUGAGAGUGAAGGCUCUUGAUGCCAACGUCCGGCCACACGUCACAUUUUUGUCAAAAUAGCCUCAAAAGUUGUCCUCAUAGCAAGCCACCUGACUUCCAACACUAGGGAAGUGGGUUCCUCUCUAGGAUGAUAGCCAGAUGAGGUGCUGAAGGGUUCACUUUCAAAUUAGGCCCAGGGCUCUUAAAAUCAAAUUGAGGUGGGCAAAUCUUGGAAUGUUAGCCCACCUGCAGCACACCUGUCUCUUGUUGAAUUUUCUGGCCUUGAAACUUGGCCGUGCUAAAAAAACGUUGGCUAGAUCAUUGUUUCUCAGCCUUGGCAGCUUCAAGAUGUGUGGACUUCAACUCCCAGAAUUCCCCAGCCAGCAAGGAAUUCUGGGAGUUGAAGUCUACACAUUGGAAAGUUGCCAAGGUUGAGAAAUACUGGGCUGAAUUAAAAGCAGAGGCAACCAGAGGAUGGAUAAAAAUUAUUUUAGAUGUGUACACCCCCUUUCCUUCUCCUCCUCCAAACAAACCUGUGGUUUUAGUCUAUGUGCUCCUGGUGGCUUCUGUAUUCCACUCGCAUUAAGAUGGUAGAAUGUUGGUAGCCAGUUUUUCUGGAUGUGACUUAACAGAUUGGUGUGCCAACGGAGUUCUGUGGUCUGUGCCCUAUAGAAGUGGAUGCCAUUCCCCUCUCAAAGUCUAGUGGACAGGAAGAAGCAGGAAGAACCCAUUUAAAGCUGCUUUAUCAACAGAGGUGAUUCUUUUGACCUUGCUGGUUGAGUGGUUGGAUUUGAUUGAGGAGGAGGGGGAGCAGAUUAUCGGUCAGUUUCCCUUCACUGCUCCCUGGUUUCUUACACUUUCUCCUGAGGCACGUGAGUGGCGUGGCAUUUGACGCCUCCAAUCUUAGAGACAGCCACGUCUGUUUCCCAUAACUCAGAACAGACAUGGUUAUCAUCUUCUUUGUUCUCUUUCAUGCUGUGAAUGUGAUCCACGAGGAAAUUCUCCACACAGGCAUACUCUGAAAUGUUAUGUAGCAGCUUGUGCAGGAAAGGGUCCUUGUGAAUUGUCUCACUUUUAUGAACCCACCCCCCUUUUUUUUAAGUGCAAAAUGAAAUAUAGGAAAAUAUAUUCUAGAUUCCAUAGCUGUCACAUUGAUUCUGCUAGUUAAUCUUAGCUGCAAUUGGGCACAAUUGGAAGAUAAAGGUAUAGUUGAAGGCUUGUCAAGCUUUGACAAGUGAUACGUGGGGAUGGAUUCCUUCAUCUAUCCAAGGUUCUCCGUGAAUUUGUCUCCUCUAAUCCUGGUUAGGUUUCUGCUCCUUGAUCUUGGCAAGUUCUCUCCCAUCCUAAAGAAGGGAGAGAUGCUGUUUAAUGACAGCCCAACUUGCAUCUUGAGAGUUAUAACCAUAGACAGGGUCUCCAGGUCUCCCUGCUCCAAGCCUCCUCACCUGUAUUUCCAAGAGGAGUGCCAUAGCUUGGAGAAGUUGUCCACAUCUUGUCUUUUCUAUCCCAGCGUGCAGUGAGAAGAACAACAUUGGCUUCCGUUGACUUCUCACGCCGGUGUUAUUUGGGAAUUGCUUUCUAUAUUUUCAGUCCCAAGACUGCCUAGCUAAGCUAGCUUUCGUACACUCACCCCACACGUGGUUUCCAGUUUGAAGUUCAUCCUUGGGAGUUCUGGAGGGAGCCAGUCAACUCUGGAAGCUGUUUAUGUUGUCCAAACAGCCUAUUUCUGCCAUGGGGAGGUAGGGUGGGGGGACAUUUUAAAACUGAUGGGAUAUUGUUUCAGUUUUGUCAUUUUUGACCUAUUUUCAGGGAUCAUUUCAGUGCAUUUCUGUAUAAAGUUUUUUUUUUUUAAGGUGGGGGGGAAAUGAAAUUUUGAAGUUUAAAAUGGACACAUCAUCUGUACAUAGGCAACCUUUCUGAGUCUUCUCUUUGAAACCCUUGUUUCUUGUAGAAACAUGUUGUUUUUAUUUGGUUUUUGUUUUGUUCAUUUUUGUUUGUUUGGGGCUGUUUUGUUUGUACUUUAAAAGCAUGUAAAUAAUUUGUUAGUGACAAUAGUAGUUUGGAGUUCUUUUUUUAAAAAAAAAUCGCCAGCAGAAGACCUCAACAAGAGAGUCAACGUCUGGGGUGGGGGUCCCAGGAGGGAGAAGCUGGCGCCAUUUACAGCUUGUGUCAAGCUAUGUAUAAUGUAAAUUCUGUACAAAAUCAACUUUUUUGGGGUCAAAUGCAUAGAUCAAACUAGAAGCAUUAAGACGCUGAAGAUUAAAAAAAACAUGCCAAGUUGAGGCUUUUUUAUUUGCCUUUCUGAUACCUUAAUGUGCAAAAUCUAUUUAUUUCAAACAAGAAAAUGUGUAUAGUCUAUUAAUGACAACCUAAAAUGUAUUUAAGCCAAUCUGCAACUUUUUGUUUUGUUUUUUGCAAAUUAAAUUUUUCUUCUAUUUUAUAAUGUUCCUUCUCAAUUACCAGUCUAGUAUUUGUAGAAGUGACAUGAACAACUCAUUGCCCGAUGGGGUUGGGGCUCUGAAGUGCUUCGUUGCACACGCAUAGCUCCAUGUGAGCGGGAGAAUCGCACGCAUCAGCCAAGUAGGCCGGGCUCGGGGGGAGUUUCGUGUGUCUCCCCUUCUCGCUGGAGCUGCUAAAAUGAGGCAGUGGUUUGAGAGGGUGGGGAGAGGCACUCUAA